GACCCUUGAUGCCUUGUUAUUCCAUAUGAUUGGGGGCCAAUUAAAGCGAUUUGCAAAAGCCUGCAAAGAUUUGUUAGUAGCUGUGAAUGAAUGUACCUGCAUUUGUACCCAUGAUCCUUUCAUGGAUGAGAUUGUACAUGCUUCUGCACAUCUUCAGAUCUCUCUUAAAUGAACAGGUACGGCACAUGUUUGAUGAAAUCAAUUACAUCUUGAAGGCAAGAAAUGCUGAAUGCUUUCCCUCUCAAUAUGGUGGCUAUCCUUGUACUGACCAAACUUGUAAUCAAAAUGCUAAAGAUGAGAAUACCAUCAAAAACAAAACUGCAAAGGGGAUAAAAGUGCCAAAAAUAUAUUGGAACCUAAUACGGAAAGCUGUGCUUACUAUGGAAUGGAUAGAUGGAAUUAUGCUUACACACAAAACUGCCCUGAAGAAGGCAUGUCUAAACCGAAGGGAACUGAUUGACCAGGGAGUAUACUGCUCUUUGAGACAGUUGCUUGAGGUGGGAUUUUUCCAUGCUGACGCACAUCCAGGAAACCUUGUUGCCACUAGCAGUGGUUCCCUUGCAUAUUUUGACUUUGGGAUGAUGGGGGAUAUCCCUUUUCAUUACCGCGUAGGACUUAUUCAAGUGCUUGUGCACUUUGUUAAUCGUGACUCUCUGGGAUUGGCAAAUGACUAUCUUUCUUUGGGAUUUAUUCCUGAAGGAGUUGAUAUACAAUCCAUGGCAGAUGCAUUGCAGUCAUCUUUUGGGGAUGGGACUCAGAUAUCUCAAGACUUCCAGAGUAUAAUGAACCAGUUAUAUGAUGUCAUGUAUGAUUUUAACUUCUCUCUUCCCCCGAACUAUGCUCUGGUGGUGAGAGCUCGUGGUUCACUAGAAGGAACAGCAAAAGCUCUCGAUCCUGAUUUCAAAGUUGUUGGGAGUGCAUACCCUUUUGUGAUCGGGAGGCUUUUGGCUGAUCCAAACCCUGAUAUGAGAAAAACUUUAAGGGAACUUCUCAUCUGUAAUAAUGGACCCAUUAGGUGGAACCACCUAGAGCGCUUGGUAGCAGCAAUGUCAGAACAGGCUUCUGAAGCAUCCGGUUCACAUCCCUUGGAAUGGAAGUCGUUUGAUAUGCGUGCUGUUGUUGCUGCCGCAGAAGAUCUUCUGUUUUUCAUUCUAUCUGAAAAGGGUCUAACGGUGCAGGUUUUCCUGUUGCAGGAUAUACUUAGAGCAGGGGAUAUUUUUCUACAGGAUGGAAUUUUGGAUUGUAGGCUAGAUGUGAAAACUAAAGCAAGGAAAACUUCAGAAUCUGAGAAUCACGCAAUUAUAAAGAGAGUUGUUGAUGGGUUUCGCUCUCUCCAUCAAGCAGUAAAGUUGGCGCCAGUGGUGUGGACAGCAAUGUUCAUCCACAUUGCAUUGAAGCCAGAAACCCAUUGCUUUUACCUAGAGGUCCCAUCGGCCGUGUUCAUGCGUAACAAAUUUCCAGAGACUCUUUGGGUUGGGAUAAGAGGUGGAGAAUUUGAAAGCUUAAGCAAUAGUAUGGGCUAUCUGAAUUCCGUUUUGCAAUCUUCAAGUCAAGAUGGACCGGUCAGCGGCGGAGGCCUUAGUCAGAAUGGAAAGUUCAGCUAUGGCUAUGCAAGCUCUCCAGGGAAAAGGUCUUCAAUGGAAGAUUUUUAUGAAACAAGGAUUUAUGGUGUUGAUGGAGAGAUAGUUGGUCUUUUUGGAGUCUUUGAUGGUCAUGGAGGUGCACGGGCAGCUGAAUAUGUGAAGCAAAACCUUUUCAGUAAUUUGAUCAGGCAUCCAAAGUUCAUUUCUGACACGAAAUCUGCUAUAGCUGAUGCAUUCUACCAGACAGACUCCGAAUUUUUAAAAUCAGAAAAUAAUCAGAAUAAGGAUGCUGGAUCAACCGCUUCUACGGCUAUACUCGUUGGUGGCCGAUUGCUAGUUGCAAAUGUUGGGGAUUCCCGAGCUGUUAUCUGCAGAGGAGGCAAUGCUAUUGCUGUGUCUCGCGAUCAUAAGCCAGAUCAAACUGAUGAGCGACAACGGAUUGAGGAUGCAGGAGGAUUUGUCAUGUGGGCUGGAACUUGGAGAGUGGGAGGCGUUCUUGCUGUUUCUCGUGCAUUUGGUGACAGGCUCUUGAAGCAGUUUGUUGUUGCUGAUCCAGAAAUUCAGGAGGAAAAGAUUGACAGCUCUCUUGAGUUCCUUAUUCUUGCAAGUGAUGGACUGUGGGAUGUUGUUUCAAAUGAGGAGGCUGUUUCAAUGAUAAAGCCAAUACAGGAUCCUGAGCAGGCAGCAAAGCGGUUGAUGAAAGAGGCAUACCAGAGAGGUAGUGCAGACAAUAUCACUUGCGUUGUCGUCCGAUUCUUGGCCAAUCAAGGCGGUUCCUCUCGUAGUGUUUCUGCUUAAGCAUCCUUUCCCAGCAUGGUUUUAGGUUUUGGUUCUCUAGCUACCGGAAAAGUGAGGUGAAAUAAACGUCAAGAGUAAUAGCUAGUCAUAGAAAAGUAUAACAGCACAGUAAUUUGUAAUGAUAGAAAUAUGAACAAAUGUGUCAGGCUGCUGAUGUGUACUACAUCUUUUCAGCCUCUAGAAUAUAACUGUAUCUGAGUUUAGCUUCUCUACAUCCGGUCUUGCAUAUAGUCAGAACUGAUGUGCACGUGUGAAUUUGUAAAGAGUCUCAAGACCAAGUCCAGUUGUGUACGUUGUAAAUGUAGUUAGUUCACGUUCUUUUGUUUGUGAUGUUCCUUCAAAGAUUUGCUUGUUCCAUAGGUUCUCUCAUCUAUCCAUUUAAUAUUGUUGGUGUAUGUAUGAAGUUUGGUUGGCCACAUGCUGCCCAGGGUGGCUGUGGUAGAUGGAAUGAUUUUUCCUUCAUAUUGACUAGUUUAGUCUUGAAUACUCCUUCGGUACGAGCCAGACAGCAUCAUUCAUGGGCAGCAGAAAUAUCUAGUGAAAGUUUAAUACGCUAAUUCCCUUGUGCAUGGAGGGUAUAAUAUGUAUGGCCCUAAUGUGUUUGUAUUGCUGUUUCAUACGUGCAAUCAAUGCUAGUAUAGGAUUUGCUGGGUUUCAAACUCUACUGUCCUGAAGUAGCUACGAUUUGGUUUUGAAUUUAUAGAGUAAAGCGGGAGGCAGAACAAUUGACUCAGGUUAGCCCUGGCAACCGGAGAUCAUUACAUAGAAUUCAACAUCAUACACAUUUUUUAACAGAAUUCAUUGUCCUUAACCGGCUAUAAUUAUGGUGUAAAACCGAGCAUGGGAUCAAGUUAAAACAUGUAAGUCACUAUUGAAACCAUAUUUUGUAGGAACCAGCCAAUGUAAAUUACUGUUGGGAAGCAACACACAAAGAUGUCUCGCUUGAUCAUUGAUUUCCUGAUUUCUUUUAAGCCCUGUCGGAAACAAAACAGUGUCAGCUAAUUAACCUGAUACAGAUGAAAAGACAACCUCAACCAAACGGUUCAAACAUAUCAGUUUGAACUCUGUUUCACCCAAAAAUGAUUGCAAAUGAACAACUUGAAUGAUGUACCAAAGAAUUCAAUGUUUUGCGUUAGAAUGGGCAUGGUAAUUGCAUGACUUGAUUGAUGAUCAUGCUUCAGCAAAAAAGAUCUGACUGACAACUUUGCUUUCCUUGAUCAUCGAAGCAAAUGGAUCUGAAUCAUGAACCCAAGUCACUAAACCACAAACAGAAAAUUGAGAAGUUUUGUUUAAUUCACAGAAAAAAACCAACCACUUGCACAUUUCACAAGCAUGCAGAGAAAUAAAAGAGGACUCAGAUCAUUAAGAAGUGUCAACAAGGCAAAUAAGCCAUUUUGUACGACGAGCGAACCUUGAUGUUUUCAUCAUCAUCAUCCGUCUUUUCAAAAUCAAAGUGAAAUAAAAAAAGAAGCAAGAAAAACUGCAUCAUAAACAGAAAGACACAACAAGCAAAGAUGACGGCUCAGAGCAUCAAGAAAGGUCGAUAAGGCAAUUUUUUUGCCAUUACGUACGACAAGCGAACCUUGAUAGCUUCUUCAUCGCGCUCUUUUUAACAGCACCGUUUUUCAACGGAAACCAAAAACCAACUAGCAGAGAGAAGAAUUAAUUUCAUCUCAUUCAUCAAAAAAGAGAAUAAGAAAAGUGAUAGCGCUUCUAGUUCUAGGCAAUGAGAUCUGAGAAGGGGUGCCUUUGUUUUAAUAAUGAAAGGAUAUUAUUAAUUAUUACAACUAGUUGGAAAUAAAGAAUAGUAUUAAAAAUGUUAUUCAAGGAAUCUCUGCCUUGCUCCCCAAGGCUUGAAUAGUUUAAAAGAAAGAAAUUAAAUGCUUUUGUCGAUAAAAAACAGCCAAGCCAAAGCCAACCAAUCACAAAUAAAAGUCCAAUUAAACUGAUAUGCUCCCCUCGUAUUGACCAUUACUACGAAAACAACAUCAAACCAACCAUGAUGA